GGGUAAUGUGCCACCGGGACAUGCGCCGAAGGGACAUCCAAGAUGGCGGCUUCUCGACGAAUUUUUACCCAGCUUAGGAAUUCGACGGGACUUUUGACCAAAAAUGUCGCCACCAGCGGCACGAGAAGAGGAACGGCGGUGCUGUACGCCGUGGGGGCUGUCGGCGCGAUCACCGGCCUGGUCUAUGCCCGAAGGAGGCGUGGGGAAACGGCCAUACAAGUCGGUCUACCAGUCGUGAUGGCGAAAGAGGAAGAAGAGAAAAGAAAGUUCUGGCAGCGGGCCCCGCCGCAGCAGAAGAUGUCGGACCGCGAGCGCCGCUUCCGAGAGUUCUCCUCGGUGGAGUACAAAGGUCAAAUGUACAUGACCCCCAGGGACUUCUUGGAGUCCGUGACUGAGGAAAGGCCAAGACCACGCAUUGGUCGCCGUCCCUUAAUGGAUGAUGAUGUAGCUUUUAUGCUGAAGAAGACCCCUGCCCGAAACAAGGGUUCUACAAAGUUCUUCCGCUCCAUGCAUGAGGAAGGAAUAAUCUCUUUCACAGAAUACCUGUUCCUGCUCUGUAUUCUCACAAAGCCUCAUGCAGGGUUCAACAUUGCUUUCAAUAUGUUUGACACUGAUGGGAACCAGCGGGUGGACAAAAAUGAGUUCAUGGUGCUCCAGGAGAUUUUCCGCAAGAAGAACGACAAGCGUAAGGCGAAGGAAGAGGCGGAGGGCGUGAGUGCCGUACAGAAAUAUACCUCCGCAUCUCCUACAAUCUCAAAGAGAUCAGUUGGCAUCAGUGCUGAUCCAAGACUGUUAGCAGAUGGAAACGUGCAGGACACCACACUACUGGUGCACCUGUUUGGUGCCAAGGGCAAAGAUGACCUCAACUUCCAAGAAUUUUACAAGUUCAUGGAUAAUCUGCAGACUGAGAUUCUAGAGCUGGAGUUCCUGGAGUUUGCCCGCGGCAUGCCGACCAUCUCGGAGAUCGAGUUUGCUCAGAUCCUGCUGCGUUACACACACCUUCCCGACGCUGCUCACGACGCAAUCAUCGAGCGACUCAAGGACAGGAUCCCGGAGGAGAAGGGGAUCACCUUUGACCAGUUCAAGCCCUUUUUCCAGUUCCUGAACAACUUGGAUGACUUUGCUAUCGCCAUGCAGAUGUACACGUUUGCUAACCAGCCUGUGGAGCAAGCUGAGUUCAAGAGAGCGGUGAAGGUGUCUACAGGGAUAGACCUGGCUCCUCACGUCAUCAACACGGUGUUCCAGAUCUUUGACGAGGACGGGGACGGCAAGCUGAGCCACAAGGAGUUCAUCAGCGUCAUGAAGGACCGCAUCCACCGGGGUUUCAGGCCUGGAGAAGACUAUGAGUAUGCUGAUGACUGGUUCAGUUUUGCCUCCUGUAUUAAGAAGAAAGUGAAGAAGAACCCACUGAUGAAAUGGUGGCAGUACGACCAGCAGUCACGCAGACACAGUGGAGGAUACUUCUCUUAAUAAAUCUUCUCACCCGACAAGCCUAUCAUGCUUAUCUUAUGCAACUAUGAAUUCUGUUCGUAUCAUCAGCUAUUGUAUACUAUGUAAAAAUUUCCUCACUUCAGGUUAGUUUUUGAAGACAGCAGUAAAGUCAACUUAAAUGACUGAACUUGUGGAAUGUGUGAAAAAUCUCUUUACUGGAGGAACACUACAUAAUGACAUUAAAGUUCGUAAAAUCUAAUAAUUGUGUCUUAAAUAUGAAUAUAUUGCCAAUUGUUAUAUGGUAGUGAAGCUGGUGUUUUAAUCUGGAAGAUGGCUGUUGUAAACUUUCACAUAUGGAAAAGAGCAAGAUGGAAACUUUUCAGAAAUGAUAAGGUUUUGUAUGUUAGGUGGAGGGACAUCCAACAAAAGGAUAUAUGAAAUAGUUAAGGAUGCCAGAAUGAGUGAGGAAGGAAGGUUAAUCAAUCUUGAAGAAGAAACUUUCCUCCAAAAUGCACUUUGCUUACUGGAAGGUCUGUGAACGGGAUAGGAAGAGGAAGUACAUGUACAUGUGUGUUGGUGAAGGUCUGUGGUUAUGGCUUGUGUAGUAUAUGCUCACAACUGGUGAUUGUACAGUAUCAAAACUCUAUUGCAUUGGAUUGGGUUGGGUUGUCCUCAUAACAUGUCUUUCAUUACAGAAAUGGCUGUCAGCAUGAUACUAACAACUUAGUAAUGUUUUAUUCACUCUACUAAUACAAUGAUGUUUUUCUUCCCAGAUGAUUAUGUGAUGGACAUGUACAUAUACAUGUACUAAUAACAAUGACUAUGUAUAACAGGGUCUCUCCUUGGUGCUGAAACAUGCUUUGUGAAUCAAUUAUAGUACUGAAAUGCCAUCCCUUUGGUGCACUUGUCUUAUCCUUCUCCCAGGCAGACUUUUACCAUAGCCAAUACAUAAUUUGAGUUCCUUACUCUUUAUCACACUAAAGUAGCCAUUUAGCUGCCAAUUUUCUAUUCCUGGUUUGACUGUAGUAACUGAAAGUUUCAGCUCCCAGUAACGUCUGUGUGUAUUUGGUGUUGCAGAGUCACCUGAUCAAGCAUGAGGGUUGGGACGGCUACAAGUCGUGUGUUGUGCAUGAGAUGAGACAGUCUGCUCUCCACCAGUAGUCACCAGACAGCUGCACGGAACAGCUGCAGCUUAGUAGCCACCUGUCACCUGCACGGAACAGCUGCAGCUGUAGUCUUCACUAUUUUCACCUUUGAGACAGGAUUCAUACACACUCUCAACAAAAAAAAGUGAUGUCGAAACUGUUUAGCUCACUGAAAAUCUAAUCUUCCCAUGGAGAAAACAGGCACUUUGUACACUCAGUAUUUUACAGGUUAACUGAAAUUCCCUAAGCUCUUUAACACAAGGACCUUUCCAGUAGUGUGCAUGUUGAGUGGGAUUUGAACUCCCAACCUCUUGGUCCCAAGGCAAGGCAGGGCUUCUAGCCACUGGACUAUGCACACUACUGCCUCUGAGCAAAUUGAGGAUGCUGUUAUUUUAUCUUUUAAAAUGAUUUCAAGACCACUCUUUCGGUAUGGAGCUUAGAUAUUCCUGCCAAUGUCACAAGUUAGACCCACAAGGUCUUUGCCAAAUGGUUCAUCACUUCAUGCGUUUUGACGCUAAAGUCCAGAGAGUCAUCUUG